UACCUCUAUCUCUCUCGGCGUGUGUGUACACCACUCUGGCGACGAUGCGAUAAUGAUCGAACGGCACUUCCGAGAUCCUUUUUGACGCGCGCGGGAGUAUAGUAUUAUAAGUUUUUGCAGCGUAGCGCGCGGUCGUCAUCGCCACGCGGGGAACCGGUCGCGCACCACCGAAUUCGCAUCUUUUUUGCGGCUUUUCGCGGAAAACGUCAAGACAUACGCUUCUGAUUGAAUUAUCGCCGCUCGUUAUGCUGAUUUUUGCGGCGACGAGGAAGUAACGCGUGGCGGAAUAUUCGCGUGUGUGAUUGAUCGAUCGAGUGCAGUGAACUUUUUGGCUUGAGAUGUACGACAAGGACAGGGCGUUGAAUUUUGCCGCGUUGAAGGGUGCAGACAUCAUAAUGAGCAGUGCUGACGCUGUGGAGUGUUUGCUGGACUUUUCCAAGGGUCCGGAAGCAGUCGUUACGAAGGUCCAUAGGCAACCCUACAUCGGACAUGUUGAGGCUGUGGAAGCUUCGAACUACACCGUUUUGAAAGCGAACAGAAAGCCCAUUCCACCAAUCGGUCACUCGCCACCCUCGAACCAACCCCAUCACCCCGAGCACAUCACCCCCAUGAUUCCACCACUGGACAACCGCACAAUCGCCAGUAGAAGCAUCAGCAGCGACACGUUGCCAAAACCCCGAGCGAUCUGCAGUUUCUGCGGAAAAUCCUUCAAUCACCUUGGGGACCACAACAAGCACCGAAGACGUCACACUGGCGAACGACCCUACCCCUGUGACCUCUGCCCCCGGCGCUUCGCUCACGCGUCGAAUCUCGCGAGACAUCGUCGUCUUCACUCCGGUGAGAAGCCAUUCGAAUGCACCAAUUGUUCGCGGAGGUUCAGCAGGAAGGAUAAACUCGCGGCACAUGUGGCUAGGAGGUCGUGUUGCAAGAAUUUGCCGCCUACGGUGACGACGGUGUAGGCGAGGGAAUUAAUAGCUGUGUUGGGCAAUGCUAUGAUCUGGAUUUAAUUGGAAUAUCGCAAGAAGAUGCAAUAUUUUUGCUUGAGGAUAGUGGUAUAUGAGUAGAUAAGUGACGUGUGUGCUGGGACAUAUGGUUUGUUAAGUUUUCGAUUUUUUUAAAUCGGAAAUGGAAAUAGUGCAAUGAAUGCCUUACUGCAUGUAUACCAUAUUGAUGUAAAUACGUACAUGGAGAUCGAAUCGGAAUUCCCAUAUGCGUACUCAGGCGAUUCAUUUUUUGCAUACUCGCAAUGUGCCACGUAUAUUUCUGUAUCAGCAACAAAUCAGUAACAUUUUUCCUCUUGUACAUUCUUUUGAAAUGGGAGAUUUUUUUUAUUUAAAAAAAGAGAUGAUUUCAUGAUGUAACUGGUACCUAUACUUUAAGAGUAGUUUUACGUUUUACACGUACGUGUAAAAAAUAUGCGGGUAUUUUUUAUCCUCUAUAUGAAGAAAUUAGUCACUUUAAAGUUAGCGUAUAAAGAAAGAUCGACAUGUGGCAUAUUUGGCUGAUUGUUAAUUUAUAAGUCUAAUUUAUUCAGAGAUGUGAUGGUCAAUGUUCCGACUUUUUCUUUGUGGCAAACAAAUAAAAAGUACACUUAUAUGAUGCUUUAAAAGAACUUAUCGAAUAGCUUUAAGUAAAUAUUACAAAUAAUGAUAUAGGAUGAUGUAAAGUGAAGUUGAAAAUUAACAGCAUUUUUGAUGAAAUAAUGUUGCUUAUCUUAGCUGUCUUUAUUUACAUAACAUAGAGAAUUCUAAUUUUAUAAUCAAAAAUUAAUCAUGAAUAUAAUUAUGUGCAUAAUUGUUAUCAGCAUGCAGUCUUAUUAUAUAAGAAAAUAUUAUGUGAGUAAAAAAAGCUAGCUACAAGGAAAACAUUGAUACGUAAUAGUUAGGCAGUGCGAUCAAUCCGCUUAUCAGCAUUAUAAUCUUUUGUCAUCCGGGGACUUUCAGUUACUAAUUUUCACGAUAAGUUGAACUUUAAUUUUAUAUGAGAAUUUAUUCUUGAAAGAGUUAUUUAUUAUAAUUUCAAUGUUUAUCCAAUAAUAUUAUAUUCAAGGAAGCAACAUUAUAAUUUAAUUAACAUAUGGUUUAUUUAUAUUAUUAUCUGACAUAAGAAUUAAAUAAAAGGCACUUCAAUGUGCGAUUUCACUUGCAUAAAAAAGCCAGCCGCUGACUGUGAUAAACAAGUAAGAAGCUUUACAUUUUUUACGAGUCACAUUUAAAGAAGUGCCAUAAGUAAUUUUUUACGAUCUUUGUGAAAGUUACAGGAAAAAGAGCGAGUGUUUUGUCGUUACGUAAGGGGGGGGGGGGGCUGAGUGCACUUUUAAAACGGUACACAGAAGCCUGCAAUGUUAUUCGCUGAAAGGAUGUUGUGGUUUUCGUUAUCAUUAAUGAAAUAACUAUUAUAAUAAAUACACAUUGUAUUUAAUAUAGAUCUUAAAAAUGAUGAAAUACUUUUAUAACAUCAUGUCACAUGAGUGCAUUUUGGAGUGCAUAUUGAUUGAGUCAAAUAAAAAACAUACGAAGUAUCCUAA